AAGACGUAUUGCCCCUCACGCAUCAAAACCUCCAUCUUGAACCCUUGACGGACAUUUCGAUGAUAGAACAUCUGUGCUUGCAUGAGAGAAAGUGUACGGAUGAUGUAGCUAGGCAUGCCUGAUUCGUCACCUCAACCGAAGAAGGCACGUCGUCGAGGACCCAACACAAAGGCAGGAUGUGAUACAUGCAAGAUUCGUCGGAAAAGAUGUGAUCAAACCAGACCAGCCUGCCUCAGAUGCUCUUCAACGGGCCGCACUUGUGACUUCCUAUCUUCCCCAAGAAGCACGGCAGCAUCGCAUGACCAACAAUCACUAAAGCUCCAUGAAACUCUCUACUGGCCACAUAAUCUAGGAGCCACUCUAAGUUUAUUUCAAUUAAGCAGCAAAACCGAAGCUGACCAUUUCGAUUAUUUCGUUUCUGAAUGCACAACAGAAUUUGCCGGACACGUCAACGGAUUUUUUUGGCAGCGCUCAGUCAUACAGGCAGCACAUUCUGAGCCAUUCAUUCUUCAUGCUCUUCUAGCGAUCGGCUCUCUCCGCCGACUCCAGGUUCACGGUACCACCCCGUCUUUGGAAUGGCACAAGCCGGAAGUUGCAGAAUACAUCACGAAGAAAUAUGCUAUAGCCCUUCAGACUCUUCGUCAGAGACUCCGAGACCGAACGAUAGAUUGGAGGCUUGCUGCUCUUGGCAGUCUUGUUUUCUUGGCGAUCGAAGUCCUGCAGGGCUACGAGCAAGGUGCCAUCAUUCAUUACCAAAGUGGGGAAACAAUCAUCAGGAGUCUCAGUAAUAUAUUUCCACCCAAUCACAAUGCUAACUCGUUUCACUCUAUGUCGCCUCCGGCAGGUUAUAGUAAAGAUACUAUUUCAGACGAUAUUAUCACAGCUUUCACUCGAUUAAGCGUGGAUGAAGAGUUGUUCUUAGGGGUCUCUACCCUAAACUCUACAGAUCUUCCUGCUCUUCCAACAGAAUUCGAGAGUAUGACUGAUGCCAAACUUUCUGUCAACUCCAUUAUGUCAGCCACUUUCGCAUUUCUCCGCCGAAACGGAGACAAUAUCCUUAAAACAUUACCACUUACACCAAUACCCAAUGCGAUCGUAGCAGAAUUCUCCAGUAUAAAUCAAACACUCCAGCAAUGGCACUGCCUUUUCAACACAUUUUUGUCUUGCGCAAAUAUCUCGGAUCCACUCGCCAAUAUCUUGCUCAUUCACUACUAUGUGGCCUCAAUCAAAAUCUCAACCUACUUCUACUCCAAUGAGCUCAUCUACGACGAAUACACACCUCAGUGGGAAAUGAUUAUCGAUCUGUCUUCUACAAUUGUCACCCACCAAAUUAAUCUACCCAACUCAAUAGGGCCAUGCUUCACCCUCGACAUAGCAAUGGCUCAACCGCUCUACUUCGUGGCAAGGAAAUGUCGAGACAUAAACCUAAGAACGAAAGCAAUAGAAGAGAUGAAGAGAGUAGGCAGCAAAGGAGUCUACACAGGGAAGACUGUAGCGAAAGUAGCGGAGUGGGUGGUUAGGACUGAAGGGGAGCAAGAAGUAGAUGAGGGGUCCAUACCUGAUGAGAAACGAUUGCGGGAUGUCCAUUUUGACUUUGAUCGUGCUACGAGAUCUGGGAAGGUCGGGGCUAAGAGGAGGAAGGUUGAUGGUACGUUUGAGUAUCUGAUGGAAGACUUGGAUCUUUCAUGAUCUAUGAGGCAUAGCACUUGGGACAAUGACAGGGCACGACCACUUGAUACGUCUCAUUUGUUUUGGCAAGUUCUACUACAAGUACAAACAAGUCCAUCCUGG